ACAAAAAUUAAAGAUUACAUAACAAGAUUGAUUUAUUGCGAUAUGCUGGGGUAUAAUGUAGAAUUUGGUCAUAUUCAUGCUGUCAAAUUGACUCAAAGUGCCAAAGGAUUAUGGGACAAACGCGAUCUGAGGAGUAGUAAUCAUCUUGAAGUAUGUUCUGCCCUGACAGCUCUAUGUCAUGUGAUGAAUGCAGAUAUGAUACCUGCAGUAUUCAAUCUCGUGGAAGAGAAAUUGUCCCAUCCAAAAGAUUUAGUCAGGAAGAAAGCGAUUAUGGUUUUUAAUAGAUUGUUUCACAACGCACCGGACUUAAUGACACAUCUCGAUGAAAAAUUUCGUCAUAUGUUAUCUAAUAGGGACCCAGGAGUUUUAUGCGCGAUUCUAUGUCUUUUUGUAGAUUUUGUCAAG